AUGAAUAGCAAUAAUUCGACGGGAAAUCUCUUUGAUAAGGAGUCGAUGAUUAAUAAAAUACAGCAAUCGUCACGUUCCUCGACAAUGUUCCAAAACGUGCUACUUUCAUUCCUGCUGACUGCGUUUCUGUUGUUUGUACUCUGUGUAGUACUUACCGGUGUGAUGAGCGAAAAAGGUAUUUGUUGUCGUUUGUGUCGUCGUAAGCGAGAAAAAAAUUUGGAAAACGGUGUCAGCAAACAACCGUCUUCAAGUAGUGAACCAAGUAUAUCACGUUGGGAAACCGUUGGCAGUGAACUGUCAUCGUUUACUGGAUCUCUGUUGGGUAUGAAAAUCGACGGAUAUUUAGAGAACGGUUUGAUCCGUGAAACCGGUAAACUAAUUUUUUAG